GUUCAAGAGGGGAGAGGACUUUCUUCAUAUUCAGACAAAAUCUUGCCUGCCUCUCUACGCCUCUUGGAAAUUGUUGUCAUCACUCAGCCCCCACCUCCAUCUCUCUCUCUCCGUCUGUCAAAGUGAAACAGAGUCCAUCGUCUGUCUGUGAGGUCAUGGCGGAGCCGCCGGAAAAGCUCCUCACCGGAGUAGACGGCCAGAAAGCGGCAGAGAAGAUCAUCUUAAGGUGGGACUCAUCAUCCUCAGAUGAAGCCAGGGAUCGGAUGCUCUUCGAAGGUGACCGGCAGGAAGCUGACCGCUACCUCUCAGCUGUUGAUCUCAUCUGCAACUCCAUGCAGAACGCGUCCAUGUCCGAUAGCCGGGAUCCCGUCCGGCUAGCGAUGGCAAGGCUGGAGGAUGAGUUCAGGAACAUACUCAUCGGUCACAGCUCCCCACCGGAGCCGGAUAUUUUAUAUGUUUCUUCCUACUCGUUUUCUGAAGAUGAUGAUCAGGACGGAGAAUCGGAAGAGCAGGAAGAAGCGACGCCGACACCGCGAGCGGCGGAAACUCCGAAAUCAGUCAAAGGAAGUGGACUGACGAAGAUGGGAUCGUCGGAUAGCAUGCGGGAGAUGGACCUGAUCCCGGCGGAAGCAAUCGAAGACCUCCGAAAAAUCGCGGCCAGGAUGGUAGCGGCCGGCUACACGCGCGAGUGCAUCCAGGCAUACAGCAGCAUCCGCAAGCCCAUCCUUGACUCGACGUUCGGCCGCCUCGGCAUCGAGAGGCUCAGCAUCGGUGACGUCCAGCGCCUCGACUGGCCGACCGUGGAGUCGCUCAUCAAUCGCUGGAUCCGCGCCUCCCGCGUCUGCAUCCGCGUCCUUUUCGCCUCCGAGCGGCGCCUCUGCGACCAAAUCUUCCCGCCGGACGGCGGUGCCGGCGAUGCUUGCUUCGCCGAGGCAGCCCGGAGUGCGGCCGGCCGCCUCUUCGGCUUCGCCGACGCGAUCAGCAUCAGCCGCCGGUCGCCCGAGAAGCUCUUCAAGAUCCUCGACCUCCACGAUGCGGUGUCCGAUCUCCUCCCGGACGUCGAGAACGUGUUCCAUUCCAAGCCGACGGAAUCCAUACGAGUCCAAGCGGCGGAGAUCCAGACCAGGCUCGGCGAAGCCGCGCGCGGGAUGCUGACCGAGUUCGAAAACGCGAUCCAGCGGGAAACUUCGAAGGUUCCAGUGCCCGGCGGCACGAUCCACCCGCUGACGCGGUACGUGAUGAACUACAUCAGCUUGAUCUGCGACUACACACAGACGCUGACGAAGCUGAUAAACCAGCGGCCGAAGAUCGACCCCAACUCCGACGCGGAUCCUCUCAACCGCCAAUUCCAGUUAAACGCGGAUGGGCCGGCCGGCGGGGAGGGGGAGGAGGCCUCUCCCCUGUCCUCUCACCUCUUGUUCAUAGCAACCAUUCUCCAGGCCAACCUCGAGAACAAGUCAAAACUGUACAAGGACCCGGCAUUAGCCCACCUCUUCCUGAUGAAUAACCUACACUACAUUGUACAGAAGGCCAAGAGCUCUCCGGAGCUGCGGCAGAUGAUAGGGGACGCCUGGCUCCGGCGGCACACCGGCAGGGUCAGGCAGCACGCGACCGGGUACCAGCGGGCGACCUGGCUCACCAUUCUGGGGUGGCUCAGGGACGAGGGGAUCCACACAGGCGGCGGAUUCUCGAGUGGGGUGUCCAAGUCGGCGCUCAAGGAGAGGUUCAAAGGAUUCAACGCGGCCUUCGAGGAUGCCCACCGGACGCAGGCUGCUUGGCAGGUGCCGGACGCGCAGCUUCGGGAGGAGUUGAGGAUCAGCGUCGCCGAAAAGCUGCUGCCGGCGUACAGGGCCUUCUUGGGGAGGUUCAGGCACCACUUGGAAGGUGGGAGGCACUCGGAUGGCUACAUCAAGUACUCUGUGGACGACCUGGAAAUCGCUCUCGGCGACUUCUUUGAAGGGUCCCCUGGCUCCGGGCACCACUCCAGAAGGAAAUCUCAAGGGUAAGAGGAUUCAGAUCAAUCUUCAAACAGUUGGGUGCCCAUUUCAUGUUAGGUCAUUGUGGAGGUCUCGUUUCUAAAGGUGUGUCUCUUGGCAUUUAAUUUUUCUGGCUGAUUGGGGGAGUUGGCCAUGAUGGUGGCAUUUUCUGGUUCAGUUCAUAGCAGGAAGCAGGAAAUCAGAAAAAUUGAUGUUUGGGGGUUCAUUAUGAGGAGAACACAAUGAAGUUGAAUUGGUUUUCUUGGCUGUAGGAAGUUGGUAACGUCAUUGAAGAUGAGAUUCUGGCAAAGAUAAGUAGGAAAAAGAAGAACUGGAUGUGACUUGUAGUUUGUAGUAUCGUUGAAGUUACUUCUUUGUUUUGUUUUCCUUUUUGUAGUUUGUGGGGAGCUGCUGGAGAUUAAAUGUGGGUCAGGUUUAGAUGAAGGAUAGAGCCCAUUUGGUUGGUCAAAUAGAGGAAGCUCAGUGAUUUGGGUCUAGGAAAAAGUUCAGUAUGAUCUUAGCUUUCAGAUAAUUCUAGGAUAGAAAAGGUGCAUUUUAGGUUGUCGUGUACUCUUGUUGGUGAUUAAGAUGCAGAAAGAUAGGAACUUGUUUCAUAUCUGAAAGUGCAAUCUGGGUCAGUUUCAAGAUAAGGGGUCAGUGAUUGAUUGGUUGAUGUUGGGCUGUGGGUCAGAUACCGGAAAAGGCUGAAAGUGGGAUGUGGUUCGCUCAUAAUCUUUUGGGUUGUAGGAUUUCUAUACAUAAUCUCUCACUAUAUAAUAUUUUUUUUUGCUUGUUUUAGGAGACAAUGGUUGGGGGAUUGAUUGUUUGAUUCUUUCAGUUUGUUCAGAAAUAAUAAAAGAACCUGUGAUUUUUCUUGA